GCCGCCCCGGGGAGACGGUCAUUGAUGGACUCGUGUUCACUUUGUUGUCGCAGAACACUACCGAAUAGAACUCGAGAAGGGCCUUUGAGUCCCUCAGAUCCGCCAUCCAAACUUGAGUUCCAGUUCUUCCCUUGGAAUAAAAGCUAGUAGCGGAUGUCAUUUGCUGCGACCAGGUCGGAGAUGUUUAAGAGGAUUCCGAGGGCAUUGAAGGAGAAGAGAUGGGGAGACUGGUUCAAGACUGAGAAAAUAGGACUGGAAAAGCUCACAGUAUAAGUGUGGGUUGGAUCCGCCCUUGACUCAUCACUUCAUCGGAGUAGAAACUACAAUCUUCUCCUUACCGUGAAGGAAUGGAAAGUGAUGCAGCAGAACAGGGUUGUGUUUCAUCUCAUAGUUCUGCUUCGAGGGAGCUGAAAGCUGACCACCACCAUGUUGCAGGCAAGGGGGAAGAAAAGAAGAUCCGCUUGUUUGGUGUCGAGUUCAAUCCCCGAAAACACAGCUGUGGGAGCAGAAAUGAGGAAGAAGAGAUCGAAACAAGGGGCGUUGAGGACAAGAAGUACAGGUGCCAGUUCUGCUGCAAGGAAUUCCCCAACUCGCAGGCGCUCGGUGGCCAUCAGAAUGCCCACAAGAAGGAGCGGAUGAAGAGGAAGAGGCUGGAGCUCCAUGCCAGGAGAGCAGGCAUCAGCUUCUACCUUCAACCCCUCAUCAAAAGCCAUGGCUCGGAGUUCGACUUCUCCAUGUCGUGGUUUCACGAUCCUCGCGGCAAGCCCUUUGAAGAGCACAAUGGGAGCUUCAAGACCUUGGAUCAGAGUUUAUUUGCAGGUGGGCGUUUCACUGCCAGACCACCGCCUCUUGUGCCUUGUAUAGCUAUGGACCAUAGUAUAAGCACGCUCGGAAUAAUGCACCAGGAAGACCGGCCUGUCGCCGUUGUGAAAUCUUCAUCAUCGUUGAUGGCAAAGCAGAAUUACCAGGAUUCAGAUCUACAGCUGGGGCUAGCUAUGAAGCCCAACCUCUGCAACACCUCCGGCCGGUAACCUUGUUUUCGGAAACACAACUAAGUAGAAGCUGCUACUUAUAAGGGACGAGGUAUCAGCUCACCGAUAUGUAGAAGCUACUACAAGGGAUAUCGAUCUGUGUACAUUGAUAAUUCAAGCAUCGUAUUAUCUAUGGUUUUCCUACCAAGUGAAAUAAUUUCUUUGAAUAAUAUCUGCAAGCUAGCCUUUUAAGGUCAGUGCAAGCAAAGAGACAUAUUAGAGAAUGACUACAAACAGAGAGAUGCAUGCAUAUUUGUCUGCAUAAAGUGAUGAUUUUUUGCCAUAUUGCCUUCA